GAGGUGGAGGGAGAUAACAGAUCAGAUGGAGGAAGGGAGAGGUAAAAGGAGUGUGAAUUCAGCCGACUGCAGCUAACCUCCUGUACAAAGGCUUCGCAGGACUGAGGGAGGCUGGGAAGCUUUGACGGUGGAAUAUAUAUAUUUUUUCUUAAAGCUAUUUUGGGUGUGAAGGAGCUAGUUUGCUUCCUUCCUAACCUUGCAGAAUGGUGGGACUCUCAUCCAUUGCUGUUGAGGCAGUGGAGGUGCUGGUGAAGGAGCUGGGCCUGCUGCUGAAGAUGCUGGACCAAGAGAACCUCAGCAAGUCCACCCAGGAGAAGAAAACCUCAGUGUGGAACCUCUUACAGCAGAUCCAGACGACAGAAUCAGGACCAGACUACAUCUACGUCAACUCCUCUGUGUACAAAAACGGGACGAGUUUUGUGGAGUCUCUGUUUGAGAAAUUUGACUGCGAGCUCGGAGACCUGAAGGAUGUUACAGAUUAUCUAAAAGAUGACAAGAAAACACAAGAUGGCACUUUAAAGCAGAGCUGCACAGAUUUGCCUCCCCCGCUGCCCACGACGCCUCCUCCUGAGGAGUACUACGAGGAGGCCGUGCCCCUCAGUCCUGGCAUGGCUACGGAGUACAUAAUCACACGAGACAGGCCGAGCCCUCCCAACUCUAUAGACGACGUCUAUGAAGACACCGACAACCACUACCCGGCUACAUCCAUCAGCCUGCGCCGCAAAAACUCUUACAACGACUCCGACGCUCUGAGCAGUUCCUAUGAGUCGUACGAGGAGGACGAAGAGGAGAGGAGCCCCGGCGUCACUCACCAGUGGCCGUCAGAGGAGAGCAACAUACCUCCCGUCAGAGACUGUCGCAUCUGCGCUUUCCUGCUGCGCAAGAAACGCUUUGGCCAGUGGGCCAAGCAGUUCACUGUCAUCCGGGAGAACAGACUACAGUGCUAUAAGAACUCCAAAGACACGUGUCCCUAUGUGGACUUCCCGUUGUCCCAGUGCUCGGUCGUCUACGUACCUAAAGACAGCAAAAAGAAGCACCAUGAGCUGAGGUUCACCUUAGCUAACGGAGAUGGACUGGUGCUGGCAGUUCAAAGCAGGGAGCAGGCUCACAAGUGGCUGAAGGUCGUCAGAGAGGCGAGCGGUCAAAGCGGAGCGGCAGAGGAAGCUGCGUCUCCCGUCACUCAGAGGAAAAAUGAGCUUGACAAGAGGUUGUCUGUGGACAGAAACACAUCUGAUUCAGACAGCGUGGGAGUUUCAGCAGGAGAGAACGGCAAAGAGAAUGUUAAGGUGAAACGGGGAGCCUUCGCCGCAGGACGGAAGAUCACGCGCAUCAUCAGCUUCUCCAAGAAGAAGUCAUCUCGGUCGGGCGACUCCCGGACCGCCCACGGCGACCCACGGCAAGGCUACCUGUUGGUGCUGGUGAACCAGAUGUGGCGAGAGCACUGGUGUUGUGUGUACCGGGGCGCCCUGCACUUCUACCACGACAGGGGGGACCCGCGGGCCUCCCUGCCGUCCCUCCCGCUGAACGGCUGCGAGGUGGUCCCUGGGCUUGGGCCCAAACACCCCUUUGCCUUCCGCAUCCUCAGAGACAGCGCUGAAGUGGUAGCUCUGGAGGCGAGCGGCUCUGAUGAAUUAGGAAGGUGGCUCGGCGUCAUCCUGGCGGAAACGGGCUCUGCCACGGACCCCGAGUCCCUGCAUUAUGACUAUGUCGACGUGGAAACCAUCGCACACAUUCGGGACGCCGCUCGAAAUUCCUUCCUGUGGGCUACCUCCUCCAGCAGCACCUCCACAGAUUCCAGGACAUACGACGAGGUCCCUGUUGAGGACACGCAGUCAAGAGAGAAAUCAGGGAACCGACGCUCGACUUUCUCCCACAACGACUUUGACCAAGCCAAGUCAUUAGUUUCCCUGAAGAGGACGGGCUCAAAUACCAACCCAUAUGGAAGGUAUGGGAAAACACGAGCGGAGGAAGAUGCCAAGCGUUACCUCAGAGAAAAAGAGGAGCUGGAAGCGGAGCGGGACGGAAUCCGAAACGCACUGGUGACACUCCGACAGCAGAAAAAAGAUCUGAAGGAAGAGCUUAAGGUGGCCUCAGAUAGGAGGAAAUCCUUCCUGACGAAGCGCGUGGCCCAGCUGGACGAGGCUUGCAGGGGCAAAGAGGCCGAGAGGGUGGACCUCGAACUCAGACUGACGCAGGUCAAAGAAAACCUGAAGAAGAGCCUGGCAGGCGGAGCGCUGGGCGCGCCUGACGAGGCCAAGCUACUUGUCAAGGAGUCGGGCAGAAAGACUCAGCAGGCCUACAGCGAUUCUAGACCAGUGAACUGCGCCGCGGAGAUGAGGAAGAGACCUCCGUCGAUUUGUGCCUCGCCUGCCGGGACGGUCAUGCAGAAAGCCAAGGAAUGGGAGUUAAAGAAAAGAACCUAGGAGGAGUUUUUGAUGGAAAGGACUCAAGUAGAAAUGGAUACCAGGGUGUGGCCUUUUCCACCUUCGUUCUUCAUCAGGAUCAUCUACCUAAUUUAUCCAAGAGCCCUGACUUUCUAUUCUGAAGUCAAGAGGACAUAUGUAAAAAAAAAAGCAAUACUUAAAUCAACCACAAGGUGGAGAUAUAUUUCCACUAAAUAUUUGCUCUUUGGUGCCCCGGAAAGGACCACAGGACUAUACCUGGACUUCACAUUCUGUAUCAUGCAUUUUUCUUGUCUUGGUGGCACUGAAUGGGUUGAGGAAAAGAAAGGGAGACAAAGGCACAAGAGACGUGUACCGAAAGCCGAGGAAGUGCAUAAAAUCUAGUGUUGAAAAGGCCUUUUUUUUUUUUAGCAACACGGAUGAGAAAGUGUAACGACGCGCAGGCCAAACCUGACUAAUGUGAUGUUUUGGAGAGAGGGGAAGAGUUUUACUAUGAGGUGCUUUUUUUUAUGCAGUUGAAACGUUUUUUUUAUUUGAUUUGUUCAUUUACAUAUUGAAUAACGACUACUGCUUCUGUUUUAUUCUGCAUCGGUCUUCGAUUUGCCAACAGCAUUGUGCAACAUACAACAUUGUGCCAAAGACAAAAAAAAAAAAGGUUUUAGACACUACAAGUUGGUUAUUAGAUUUUUAUUGUUCUGUUAAAGUCAUAGGCCUGAAGAGUUUUCCAAGGUACCUCGUCAAGAUUUAGGCUCCUGCCUCCAUCUGAAGGCUGAAUCUGACCCUAAUUCAUGAAUACGUCUAAAGAUUUUUCCUUUUUUCUUCUUUUUUUGUGCUGUCAAAGCUUUACACCCAGCUAUAGCUUCUGAAACAUUUGCAUGUUACUUUUCCAGACAUGUCACUUGGAGGAUAAUUCACAUAUUUAGCAGCUUCUCCGCUCAGAUUCAGACACUACCCCGAACUGAAAGCCUUUGCUGAAUGUGCAGCAUCCUACAUUUAUCUUGAUCCUUUUUGUAAGUAAUUAAAUAACUAACAUAGUGGUGCUACUCUGUGAUAA